GCAGGCUGAACACGUCAUCACGCAGUGACCACGACGAAGGGCGGGUAAAUUUAAACAAAGUGCUGUUGUGUUUGUUUCACCGAGUGGAGAUCUGACCGUAAUAGAACCCAAAUUACACCGGGACAGGCCGCAGGAUGAGCGAAGGGAUCCCCCACGCCGUGAUGGCGGAGGCGAACCACCUCCAAGCCUCGCAGCCGAGACGAUCUGCUCGGUUUGGUUCUCCAGGAGCUCUGCGGGAAAGCGAGACCAAGAUGGCGCUGGGAGUAAAACGGUCCAUCACUGUGAGGAAGAUCGCCCCCAGGAAAACCGUAGCUAUAUCUGAAAACAACAAGGAAAACACUCCGAGGAGAUCCCAACAGCUUCGGGAGAAAGGGCGAUCCCAACACAUCCCGGAGCCAACGGUCUCAACCCCGGACCGCCGGACACCCACCAUCUCUUCAGCCAGGAAGAAGAAGCAGCGGCAGCCAGCCGUACCUUCACCCGUCCUCCACACCUCCUCUGCCGCUAAGAAGACGCAACAGACCUCCGUACCUUCACCCAUCCUCGCCUCCUCUCCCCCGACCUCCUCUCAGCCCACAGAUGAAGAAGGCUCGAUCUGGAUCCAGAAGGUUCGCCGCUCCUACAGCAGGCUUAGCGACAGCUCGCCCCGCAGCCCCAGAAACAGAGAGACUUUGUUCGGCUUCGAGAAGCUAAACACCCCGGAGGUGAUCCGUAGUCGGGUCGAGGAUUCUAGGACCACUCUAGAGGUUUCUGGGUCAUUCGUGUCUAUGUUGGAGGCCGAUGAACGCUGUCCCGAACCGGACCUGAACAUCCCCGGCGUGGCGGUGGUGAAGGAGAAGAAGAGGAGGAGGAGGAGGAAGGUUCAGCAGAUCGACACCGAGGAUCUGGAGGUUCUGGCGGCCCAGAUGAACGCAGAGUUCCGGGAGGCAGAGGAGUUCGCGCUGGUGGUGGAAUGAAGAGUGACCAUAAAAGGGACAGAUUCAGAACAUCUGGGUUUAUCUGAGUCUGUGGGAGGGUGACACUUCAGGCUCUGUUAAAUGUGCCUCUGUUAUUUGUUUAAAUAUAGUUUAUAGUUUGAAGAAUCUGAUUGUUUGAUUUGAUUUUCCUUUUUUUCUGUGCAGUGUUACUGAAAAACUGUUUUUCUUACUGAAUGGACCGAACUGCAGCUUUGGGUUCUGUUUUAAAUCAAUUGAAUCCAUUCUCUGAGUUCUGUCUAAAUCAGCUGGAACCGGAUCAUGACCCCAUCGUUUAAGAGUUCCUGGAAUGUUUUGUUAGGAGGUUCUUAUGGAACCUAGAUGGGGUUCUGGUUUUCCUUCAGAAUAUUAGGAUUAUGAUGUUGGAAAAACUGUUUAUUCAAAAGACUUCAGAAAGACUCUUUUUUUUUUUUUCCUGCAUACUGUUCUUGGACUCUUAUCUGGCUUUGCUUUCUGACAUGUUUGAAUAAAUCCCGAAUGAAGAAAAUCAGAAGA